GGCCGCCGGCCCCGCCCCGACCCCGGCCGGCAGGGACGUCAGGGCGGCGGGCUCCAAGCGGCGGCGGCGGCGGCGGCGGCGGUGGUGGCUCACCUGAGCGGCUGCUCCCCUGAGCGGCGGCGGGUGGCGAGGCCCGGGGCGAGGGUGAGGCCGGCGGUGCUGGCCACGGGAUGAGGAAGCGGACCGAGUCAGUCGCCCUGGAGCAUGAGCGCCACGCCGCCUCGGGCUCGUCCUCCGCCGGCUCGGCCGCCGCGGCGCUGGACGCCGACUGCCGCCUGAAGCAGAACCUGUACCUGGCGGGCCCCGGGCCGGCCGAGCCGCGCUGCGCCGCCGACGCAGGCAUGAAGCGGGCGCUGGGCAGGCGAAAGGGCCUGUGCUUCCGACUGAGGAAGAUACUCCUCUGUGUCGUGGGGUUGUACGUGGCCAUUCCAUUUCUCAUCAAACUGUGUCCUGGGAUACAGGCCAAACUGAUUUUCUUGAAUUUCGUGCGCGUUCCCUAUUUCAUUGAUUUGAAAAAACCACAGGAUCAAGGUUUGAAUCACACCUGUAAUUACUACCUCCAGCCAGAGGAAGACGUGACCCUUGGAGUCUGGCACACUGUCCCCGCUGUCUGGUGGAAGAAUGCCCAAGGGAAGGACCAGAUGUGGUAUGAGGAUGCCUUGGCUUCUAGCCACCCGAUCAUCCUGUACCUGCACGGGAACGCGGGCACCAGAGGAGGCGACCACCGGGUGGAGCUUUACAAGGUGCUGAGUUCCCUUGGCUACCACGUGGUUACCUUUGACUACAGAGGUUGGGGUGACUCAGUGGGAACGCCGUCGGAGCGGGGCAUGACGUACGACGCACUCCAUGUUUUUGACUGGAUCAAAGCGCGAAGUGGAGACAACCCUGUGUAUAUUUGGGGCCAUUCCCUCGGCACCGGAGUGGCCACAAACCUGGUGCGGCGCCUCUGUGAGCGAGAGACACCUCCAGAUGCCCUCAUAUUGGAAUCUCCAUUUACUAACAUCCGCGAAGAAGCUAAGAGCCAUCCAUUCUCAGUGAUCUAUCGAUACUUCCCUGGGUUUGACUGGUUCUUCCUUGAUCCCAUCACAAGCAGUGGAAUUCAGUUUGCAAAUGAUGAAAACGUGAAGCAUAUCUCCUGCUCCCUGCUCAUCCUGCACGCCGAGGACGACCCUGUCGUGCCCUUCCAGCUUGGCAGAAAGCUCUACAACAUUGCUGCACCGUCACGCAGCUUCCGAGACUUCAAGGUUCAAUUCAUCCCCUUCCACUCGGACCUUGGCUACAGGCACAAGUACAUCUACAAGAGCCCUGAGCUUCCACGGAUCCUGAGGUUUCCUCCUCUGGUCCAGGGAAUUCCUGGGGAAGUCGGAACCAGGGCGCCAGCACUGAGUGUUACUCGCCACCUGAAGGAGCAUGAAGAUGUCUGCCCUUGUCCCCCCCUUCCUCCGGCCAGCCCGGCACCCUGGAGAUGUGCCUGGAGAGAGAACUCGGAUGCCAGCGGGCCAGGCAGAGGAGGCCCUGGCAGACCUGAGGCGCCCGCCCCGGGUGGCUGGGAGCACAGGUUUCUGUGGACAGCGUGGGGGGCGGGCAUGUGGCCCUCUCUCCCUCUUGCUGCCACUCAACCUGAGGUCUUGUUGGGAAGACAGUGACAGAACUUUCUGGCCAUCGGCUAGUUGAUCCCACACUUCCUGAGCUGGGCACCAGGAGCCUGGGGCAGGAGGCGUGGGGUCUUGGGACCACGUUGAGCUUUCUGGCACCACCCUCAAGAAUGUGGGGAAACUUGGGUUCUUUCUGUCCCUUCCCAGAACGGACUCUAGUGGUUCCAUCAGCCCCUCCUGCCCUGUGCACCCCGCUUGCCUUCCUUGGUGUCCCUGCCUCCCUGGGCGGCCCCACUGCUCCCAGCGGGGGAGGUGCCCGUGGUCUGCCUUCAUCCGAUUUCCACCCACCUGUCUACCUAACCUGGCCUUAGACGGAGCAUUUAUUUAAGAAUAAAAUCGUGGUGGUGGUCUGUCUGAUUUCUCAGUGACGCCUCCAGCCCAGGCCCUACCCACAGUCCCAGGCCACUCUCAGGACCCGACCAUAUGGGAGGUGGUAUUGGCCAAGGAUCAUGGGCCCUUCUUUCCCGCUUCCUUCCAGACACUGAGGCCCAGCACGGAGGGGCGUUAUCUCUGGGGAAAGGAACGUUCACGGUGGGGAGGUGGAGAUGGCUUUUCCAGGCGGAGCAGAUGGCAUUUUUCUAAAAACCAGGCCUACGCAGGUGACCUUUCCAGCCUUAUAGUUAACAAGCUCGUUGAAUGUUGCCGUGUCGAUGGACAGGUGGUGGGGUUUAGGCUGCUGGAGUCCAGGGACUCUUCUGGCCCGCGAGCAUUGCCCUGUUCACUCACUGGUGGUGGCACUUCUGUUGUUUGGCUUUUUGCGAAACCAGCCUCCCCUGCACGUGCGCCGCUCCCAGCCAGCGCCUGCCAGCUGUCCACUUCUCACCUCCCCGCUAAGUGCGCUCUCUCCCAGGAGAGGGUGUGUGGCUUAAUAAGGGGGCUUCGAGCUGUGCAGCACAGGGUUUGUCCCAGGUCGGAGGACUUCAGCCCACCCGGGUCUCUCCUGAUGGCAGGCCUUCCUCCCCUAGAUCGUCAGGCUCUGGCACUUUCCAGUCUCAGCAGCGCAGAGAUUCCCCAGGGUGGGGAGGGGCUUGUUUACCUGCCCCCCUUGUGGCCUGUUAGCAGCUAUGCCCUGGCUGGAAGCCCAGAAGCAGGUCACACCCUCUUUCUGAAGCACCUUAGAGCUGCCCAACGUGAUUCUUGUAUCUGGAAAACCCAUGUCUUUCUUAAACCAGGUUUGAAACGGAACAGACCUUCCUGAGGUCAGUUUGUCAGUUAUCUUCUAGUGGACGGGUUUGCUCUGCACUCCUGGUAUCUAAUUCAGGUGUGAGCACAGCCUGCAGGGCCCCACCCCGUCCCCCAGCUUCAUGUCUCCUUGGAUUUCCGUCAGAGCUGGGACACCCAUCCCCACCUGACACCGUCUUCAUGUAACUAAAGCACGAAGUGCCCGCCUGGCCAGGGCAGCCCCUUCGUGCUUUUCUCAGUCACUGAGGCUCCUGGAGGCCCUGCAGCUCAGAGCCACAUCCCCAGCUCGUCUUGACCAAUGAGGCCGUCUAGACCCGGCCUGCUCUGCCUGGGCUCAAGUCUGCAUCUUGUUUUUCUUAAAAUUUUGUCUAUGUAA